AUACAUGUUAUGACGCUGACCUGUUUCAGGCUCAGCCAAGGAGAAGGGUGUGCACGCAUCUGCAGAGAAGCAGUUCUAUCUGAUGAAUGGCAAAGACAGCGAAGCCAGUGAAUCAGUGACACAGACUAGCAACUUGGAUAUUGAGAUUGAUGAGAUGGGCGAUAUCACUGUCGGCAGCCCAUUCGCCUACAGACUUUUUGUCAAGAACAACAGGAGUGAUGCCUGCACCGCCAAGGUCAACCUGAAGGUGCUCUACAAGACCUACUUCGACACCGUCACGGGGAUUGCUACUGAAAAAGAUUGUGACGAGAUCAGGCUGCAGCCUGGUGCUUCCGAAAAAUUCAUGAUUGAGGUAACUGAAGAUGAAGCCAACAAGAGGCCUCAAGAUGAGUUCAACUUUGAACUGAAAGCGACGGCCAUUUGCAAGGAAGAUGCGAGAGACAACGCCACAAAGGACCUUGGAUUCCGCAUGAGGAAGCCCGAUAUCCAGAUCUCGGGUCCGGCGACCUGCUCCCUCUCUGAUACAAUCCAAGCGGAGCUCUCCUUUAAGAAUCCACUGACUGUGCCGCUGUCAGGGUGUUCGGUGUCCUUUGCAGGAGGAUUCGACCUUGUUGGUAUUGCGUCAGAUACACUGUAUUUCAGCAACAUUGCCGCUGGUGAGACCUGGAGCAGAACAUUCGACCUCCUUCCCAAAGAGGCUCCCCGUGGCCAGGCUGAAAGAGCUCUCUGUGUGGGAUUUGACUCAAUUCAGCUUACUGGUAUCGCAGGAAAAUAUUCUACGAAACUUGUGUAAAAUACUCCCGGAAAAUGAAGUCAAUGUAAUCAGGGCAUGCAGUUAUCAGAUGUGGAUCAAUGAUUUUGAAAGGUUUGGGGAGGGGUGCACCCAGCGUCUCUGAAUCCGCCAGGGAGAUAUAUUGUAAUUGAUGUAUCUAAAAUUAUCUAUUCUUUAUCAAAAUCAUGCUAGACGUGUGAGGUACUUUUGCAGGACUAUAUUUUCAAGGGAUGAGUUUUGUUCUUUAAGGAAACUUGGUUUGUUUUGAAUUUUUUAGAUUUGUCACUGAUCCAGAUUGAUACAAAACACUAUCAAUUAUUUGCACAAAUGGAAAUCGUUGUUUUUUUCCUGUAAAAGAAUGUAUGAAGUCCAUGAAUGGGCCUAGUUGCUCCAAAGAAAUCAAAUGGUUUCAAACGAAAGUAACGUUAGAGAGGUCAUGGCAGUUGUUGGACUGAGAGUGAUCUUUGGCCAGGGAGAAUGUGGUAGUGAUGACGGUGGAGUUACCUCCCGUAGACUAGGAAAUGAACCACCCAAGUCCAUGUCCGAUUUCCAAACGUCUUCAGUUUUAUGUUAACGUGUUCAGGAUUCACUGUCACAUUUUAUUUUUCGUGUGUGUGUGUGCGUGUGUGUG